GUUUUUACCAUCCUUGGUUGAGCACAAGUUGCAUAGUAACGGCUUAUCCUAACCUUAGAAUUCUGUAGAGUAUCUACUGAAAAGCAUGUGUUCAUAAACAAGCUAUACAAUUUAUUAUUUACAGAAUUUUUAAAUUUGUAAAAUGAUGCUAGUAUCGCGUUUUAGUAACAUUUCAAAAAAUCAAUUAACCAAAGGUAAUAAAAUAUGUUGUGCACUGGCGAAAUCUUUUUCCCAUGACAACAAUAAUUCAGAAAAAAGAAAAACCUUGGGUGAAAUUGGUUCAAAAUAUAAAGAAUUCGAUGAGAAGGACUCUAAAAUCAUAUUAGAUAUAAACGAGAUGCGUUUGCAACAUGCUGCCAUGGUCGAGGAAGACGAAUCUAGAAAUGCGGCUCGAUAUGAGGGUCUCAAUCUUCAAAGAGGAACAUCUGGUGUUUUUGAUAUAGAAGAUCUUAUUGAUACACUGAAGCGUGAAAAUGCAGAAGAUGUUUUUGUUGCGUGUGUUUCAAAAGAAAUUAAAUAUGUAGAUUAUAUUGUAGUUGCUAGCGCAAAGUCUUACAAACAUAUGCACGCUAUUAUACAGUUUGUACGAAGAAUAUAUAAACACAAACGACACCACAUAGAUCAAAUACCAAAAAUAGAAGGAAAGGAUUCGCAAGAUUGGAUGGCUUUAGAUUUAGGGAACAUAGCCUUACAUAUUUUUUCUAAAAAGUCAAGAAUGUUCUAUGACUUAGAUUCUUUAUGGGCAUUAGGAUCAAAAUUUGAUGAUGAGUGCAACAAAAAAGAACCAGUUGUUGAAAUAUUAGAUAAGCAUUCCAUAUAUUUAUCAAAUUUAAAACCAUUUUCCUAAAAUAUUUUGUUUUACUUUGUGUUAAUCAAUAGUUAUUUCUUUUCAAAUAAAGGUAAUAAAGUAAUAGGUUUUU